ACUUCCUCUCCUCCAAAAAAAGCUUUUAUAUAUCUAAAUUUCAACACAAAAAAACGUCCAUUCCCUUCUCUCUCUAAACCAAGCCUUCCAUUGAAAAAAAAAAAAAUACAACUUUAUUUCCUUAUUACUUCUUUCAAAACACAUUCUAUGUAAGUAUGUAAUAAAUAAGAAAGUACUAAUAUAGUAAUUAUAGUGCUAGCACAAUAAAAGUUAUCCUAAUAAUUAAUUUGAGAAGAAGCUAAUUAAGGGAUAAUUAGGAAUUAAUUAAUGGGGCAUCACACAUGCUGCAACAAGCAAAAGGUGAAAAGAGGGUUAUGGUCUCCUGAAGAAGAUGAGAAGCUCAUCAACUACCUUACCACCUACGGUCAUGGCUGCUGGAGUUCUGUCCCUAGACUAGCUGGUUUACAAAGAUGUGGAAAAAGUUGCAGAUUAAGAUGGAUAAAUUACUUGAGACCUGACUUGAAACGUGGGAGUUUUUCUCAACAAGAAGCUGCUCUCAUCAUUGACCUCCACAGAAUUUUAGGCAACAGAUGGUCUCAAAUAGCCAAGUAUUUACCAGGAAGAACAGACAACGAAGUGAAGAAUUUUUGGAAUUCAAGCAUUAAGAAAAAACUUUUCUCUCAAGUUGCUACCACCAUGGCCGCUACGACCUCCAUGGGCUCCAUCCCUAAUACCAUCACUGAUGAUCUUUAUGUUAAUUAUCUUCCUACAACCAAUUCCUCAAAUAGCUUAUUAGCUCAUGAUAAUAAUAAUAAUAAUCAUGAUACUGGAGGAGGAUUUACCGCCUUUUAUCCUUCUCUUAGCCCUAAUUUGCUUUCUAAUAUAUAUGAUUAUCCAAAUAAUGAUCUCAUCCUUACCCAAGCUACCCCUCAUAAUUCAAUUCCACCCAUUAUUUCUUAUGACAAUCCUACAUUAUCAUCAUCAUCAUUACGCUUUCAACACUUGAUUAAUGAAGUUGGUAUUAAUCAAAAUCAACACCAAAUUGUUAACCCAGAGCUAGAUUACUCAUGUCCACAAUCAUCAAUUUAUGCACCACCUCCUUAUGAUGAUGAUGAUGAGGCAACUAUGAAGAUGAAGCUAACAACAACGACGUCGAUGAUGAUGGCCGGAGUAUUCCCAACCAUGCCAAAAUUAGAAACCAUGUCAUCCUCAUCACCAUCUCAUCAUCAUAACAAUUAUAGCUCCCUUAUAGAUGUUAUUUCUAAACCACAAUUUGAUGAGUACUAUAAUAAUAAUUAUGCUCGUAUGGAUGAUCAUGUCAUGAUACCAUCCUCAUCAUCAUCCUCAUCAUCGCCACCACGACCGCCACCAUCAUCAUUACCAUGUGAUGGCAGCCAAGUUGUUGUGAACCCUAGCACUCCUAGCUGUUGGAAUGCCUGAUUAUGGCAAAACUUAGGCUUUUAUAACAUUUAUUUCUUAGUACCUUUAUAAAUGUAAA